GUGGACUGCCUUGUAUAAUUAACUGCACAGCUGGAGCUCUUCUGAUCCCUCCACGUCUGCUCCUUCCUUUCCUCCUUUCUUUCCCCCUGCAUCCACCUGGGCGCGAUCCGGGCGCGCUGCUCCUCCUCGGGAGCUCGGGCUGCGUCACCGGGGCAGGAAGGUUCCCCGAAUUCAGCAUUCCAGAGCCAUUCCUGGCUGGGAGCAGCACCAGGCAGAGCCUGCCUGCCUUGGAGGGGGCUGAGAGCCGGGAGCUGGAGCAGAGAGCGAGCAGAGAAACCCCUAAAAAGCCCUGUUUAGGCCAUGGAAACGGGGAGUGCAGCCAGGACAAACGGCACCGCCAGCAAGCCCGAGGACGUGAAGAGCCCAACUACCCCCAAAAAAGAAGAGGAGGCCAAGAAGGCCACGAGCCCUGGCGGAGGCGAGAAAGAAGCUAUAAAAGGCACGGGCGGCGCUGCGUUGGAGACAGGGCAGAUCAAGAGCUCCCUCUUCUCUGGGAGUGACUGGAAGAGGCCCAUCAUUCAGUUUGUGGAGUCAUCCGACGAGAAGAGGUCAACCUACUUCAGCAUGGACUCGGCCGACUCCAAGAAGAUGCAGUUCAACAGCGGCCAGAUCGGAGACAUGAGGAGACCAGGCCUCAACUUCCCGGAGAAGGGCGACCUCAGGAAGUCCCUGUUCUCCUUGGAUUCCAAAAAGAGCUUCCUGCCCGCUGACGGGGAAGGGAGGAAGUCCCUGUUCUCCACGGGGGACCUGAAGAAAUCCUCCCUGCCCCUGGUGGAGACGGGGGACCUGAGGAGACCCUUCAACAAGGCCGAGCGAGAGGCGGGCUCGCGGCCCCGCGUGAAGCUGGAGGACGUUCUCUGCGACUCCUGCAUCGACAACAAGCAGAAGGCUGUCAAAUCCUGCCUGGUGUGCCAGGCCUCCUUCUGCGAGCUGCACCUCAAGCCCCACCUGGAGGGAGCGGCGUUCCGGGACCACCAGCUGCUGGACCCCAUCAGGGACUUCGAAGCCAGAAAGUGCCCCGUGCAUGGCAAGACCAUGGAGCUGUUCUGCCAGACAGACCAGAUGUGCAUCUGCUACCUCUGCAUGUUCCAGGAGCACAAGAACCACAGCACGGUGACAGUGGAGAUCGAGAAGGCGGGCAAAGAGACCGAGCUGUCUCUGCAGAAGGAGCAGCUGCAGCUGAAGAUCAUCGAGGUGGAGGAUGAGGUGGACAAGUGGCAGAAGGAGAGGGACCGCAUCAAGAAUUACACCACCAACGAGAAAGCCACGGUGGACCAGCACUUCAAGGAGCUGAUCCGUGACCUGGAGAGGCAGAGGGAUGAGGUGAAGGCUGCCCUGGAUCAGAGGGAGAAGAUUGCCUCGGAGAACGUGAAGGAAAUCGUGGAUGAGCUGGAGGAGAGGGCGAAGCUGCUGCGGGAGGACAAGGAGAACAGGGAGCAGAUCCACCAGAUCAGCGACUCCGUGCUCUUCCUGCAGGAAUUUGGGGCUCUGAUGAGGAAUUACGUGCCCCCUCCAUCCCUCCCAACCUACAGCGUGCUGCUGGAAGGGGAGAGCAUGAGCCCAUCCAUGGGGCUGCUCAGGGAUGAUCUCCUCAACGUCUGCAUGAGGCACGUGGAGAAGAUCUGCAAGGCAGACCUGGGCCGCAACUUCAUCGAGAGGAACCACAUGGAGAAUGGGGAUCACCGGUUCAUGAUGAACAACUACGAGUGGAACCAGCCUGACAACCUGAAGAGAUUCUCCAUGUUCCUGUCUCCCAAAGCCAAUUUCAACCCACGGUCAUGGGAAUUUUCCUCCUUCCAAGCGACCGAGGAAACACUUGUAGGCAAUGGCACUAAGCUGCCUUUUCAGUUCUCCUCGGUGGGACAGAAUCCGCCCGGUGACUUCAGCAAACAGUCUGAUGGGAGCCUCUUCACUAAGACCGCCUACCCUUCCAUAGUGAGGCACCAGUCUGCAAAGGUGACGCCGCAGACGUGGAAAUCGUCCUCCAAGCAGUCUGUAUUGUCCCAUUAUCGCCCCUUCUACGUCAACAAAGGCAACGGAGCCACCUCCAACGAGGCGCCCUGAGCAGCUGCGGGUGAGAGGAGAGCUCAGCUGAGGAUUGUCACAGAUGUCCCUGCUCCUGCCGACCCUCCUGCUCCCCAGGGCAGGGCAGGCAUGGCCCUGCCCCAGCACACCAGGACUUCUCCCUCCCUGUCCCCUCCUUGUCCCCUCUUUGUCCCCCCCAGCUGUUCUGCCCCUCUGGGAAUUGUGGAUGCUUGGGUGGCACCCCCUGCUCGGCAGCUGUCCCCUUGUCCCCAGAGCUGUCAAACCCUGCUGGAUGCCCCAAAGCUCUUGCCAAGCUCCAGCUUUUCCUCUCCACCCUGGGGUCACAUCCCCUGCUGGCAUCAGGGUCCUCCAAGCUCAGCUCUGCUCCUCACCUCCCAAAAAAACCCCAGCAGGAUUUUCCUAGAGAUGUGGAGUCUGUCACCCCCUGCUAGGCAGCUGUCCCCUUGUCCCCAGAGCUGUUAAACCCUGCUGGAUAACCCAAAGCUUUUCCCAGGCUCCAGAUUUCCUCUCCAUGCUGGGGACACAGCUCUUGGUGGCACCACAUGUCCCCAGGGUCUUCUAGCAGCUCAGCUCUGCUCCUCACCUCCCAAAAAUCCCAGCAGGAUUUUCCCAGAGCCUGAAUUGUGGCAACUCCUACUAGGCAGCUGUCCCCUUGUCCCCAGAGCUGUCAAACCCUGCUGGACUCCCCAAAGCUCUUCCCAAGCUCCCGA